UCAUUUAAAAUUUUUAUAUAAAAGUGCAGAAAUUUCAGUCAUCAUUCACAGUUUCGAUCGUGAAUUAGCUUUGAAUUUAAUAGUGAAUAGCUUAGCUUGAAAGUUUUAUUUAGAGAUGAAUAUGAUUUUGGCAUCAAUUGUUUUGCUUUGUGCGUUUUCAAGCGUUUAUUGUGGUGGAAGUUCAUCAGCUCAGAACCAAGAAAGCACACCAAGUCAACCUUUCAAACUUAUCCUCUUCAAGGGCGGAGAUUUUGAAGUUGACCCAAACACUUUGACAUGUCCAAAUUGUCUUCUUACUGCCACUGAUUGUACCAAAUGUGAUGUUCCAGCUGGAUUUGCUGGUCAAGGAAGAUGUAAGUACCGUGUCCAAAAAGAUAUUGACGUCGACGGUGAACCCUUGGGAUGUUGCUUGGAUCCAUGCACAACAAUCGAUGGAACCGAUUUCACUGGAACAAUUGUUUAAAUUGGAGGGACUUAAUAAUGCUUUUGUUUAAAAAUUUCAUUUUUCUAAAUUUCUUUUAAUUAUAUUUUCAUUUGAAGAAUCAUUGGAACUAAAAUAAAAUACUAUUUGGAACAUCGGGGGUGGAUUAACAAAAUUAAUUGUCUUUU